GGAAUUAUUAGCAGAGUGACAGAAUCAGUGAAAAACAUUGUACCAGGAUGGUUACAGAAGUAUUUCAAUAGAAGUGAAGAUGAAUGUGUCGAUACAAAUGAAUCUACAAACCAGGAAGAGAAUCCAGUAAACUAUCACCAUGAUUAUGCAAAUGAAGAUACCAUAGUGAUUGAUGGGAGAGUCACGCCUGAAUCAGCAAGAAUUAAUUUAGAAGAACCAUCCACGAGUAGGUCUACAUUGAACUUCUCAGAUGUGUUAACAAGGCCCUCUCUUCAUCGGAGCCAUUUGAACUGCACCGUGUUGGAUUCCACAGUACCACAUUGUCAGCCCUCUACAUCUUCUUCACUUGGCAUUGGCAGUCCUGGACUGUCUCUUGUAAAAGAAAUAAAAGAUUCUACCUCUCAGCACGAUGACGAUAACAUCUCAACAACCAGUGGCUUCUCCUCUAGAGCGUCUGAUAAAGAUAUCACAGUUUCAAAAAAUACUUCAGCACCACUGCUCUGGUCCGCAGAGGCUGAAAGAUCUCAUUCCCUCUCACAGCAUCCUGCAGCUAGCUCUAAAAAACCUGCAUUCAAUUUAUCUGCUUUUGGAUCUCCCUCUCCUUCACUUGGAAACACUUCUGUCUUUAAGACAAGCCAACUUGGGGAUUCCCCAUUUUACCCUGGAAAGACCACUUAUGGUGGUGCAGCUGCAGCAGCAAGGGAGACAAAAGUGCGAAUCGCUCCUUAUCAGCCACCAGUAAGAAGACAAAUGAAAGCUAAACAAGCGAGUGUGCAAUCCUAUGGUGUGACAAGUUCCACAGCACGGCGUAUCUUGCAGUCAUUGGAGAAGAUGUCAAGUCCUUUGGCGGAUGCUAAAAGGAUUCCAUCUUCUGGUUCUAGUCCACUGUCUUCUCCUGUGGACAGGAAUGUUCUGAAUAUUACUAGCUUCCAGUCCAAACGAAAACAGAUGGAAUCGCAGCAUCCACCUGUCCAGAAACUCGUGACACCAAAGGCAAUCUCUCUGUCAGUGAGUCGGACUCAGUAUUUUAAACCAUCUCUGACUCCAGCUACUGAUUCCAGCAAAAUUCACCAGAGGGUAGAUAUAAAGCACAAAGUCAUGAGAGAGAAGAGUUUUCCUGCAGAACAGCAAGUAAAACCAUCUGAAAGCAAUUUGACCUACCCCAAAUUCAGUACUCCUGCAUCCAACGGUCUGUCUUCAGGAGGAGGAGUGGGUGGUGGUGGCAAGAUGAGAAGGGGAAGAGGAAUACACUAUAUAUCAAAACCUGGACAAGAACAACAGGAAGUGGAAGAACCAGUACUACCGAAAGUUCCCCUACCCAUCAGUACUGCAACACUGCCUUCGUUCAACUUUAGUUUUCUUGCCAGUAGUACUGUCUCAUCGUCACCAAGCACUGUUUCAACAGCAGCAAUGAACAAGGUACAACCAGCGAGUAAUGUUGGCAGUCCUGUGUUCAGAUUUUCAUCUCCAAUUGUGAAAUCUACUGAGGCGGAAGUGCUACCUCCGUUGUCUAUUGGGUUUACAUUUAGUGUUCCUGUUGUAAAAUCAGCAGAGCUUUCUGGAUCCAGUGAUACACCAGUGACAUCCUUACAUACUCUAGAUACCGCCACUGUAAACAGCACCAGCAAUAAGAAGAAGAAAAAAGAAGAAUGUGAUGGCCCCUCCAAACCUGCGCAGGUCUUAAAGGAAGGAAGUGUGUUAGACAUUCUAAAAAGCCCUGGCUUUAUGUCUGUGAAAACACACUCCUCUACAACUGCACAGCCUGUUACAAGCACAGUGGUCUACACAAGGCCAGCAAUAAGUAGUUUUUCUGCGAGUAAAGACACUUCUAAACAAGUGUCCUCAUUUUGGCAGUCUGACACACAUGACCCAUGUUCGCAAAACAAAACCACAGAUGGCAAAUGUGUAACAUGUGAAGCUGCUAAAGUGUCAACAGUUGAGAGUACAAAACAGAUGAUAAGCUCAAAUCAAUGUGUCGCCUCUAAGGCAGCAGUCCCUGCUGCAGGGAUGUUGGGCUUUGAAGACAAAUUUAAACCGUCACCCAACACGUGGGAUUGUGAUACCUGUCUGGUACAGAACAAAACGGAAGCUACAAAAUGUAUAGCGUGUGAGACACCAAAGCCUGGAACAGGAGUAAUGCCUGCUCUGACAUUGCCAGUGGUCACAGACAGCUCGGUGACAGUGACAUCCUCCUCCAGCAGCACUGACACAACAGCCACUCUGGGGUUUGGAGACAAAUUUAAGAAGCCAAAAGGCUCUUGGGACUGUGCGGUGUGCCUUGUAUCAAAUAAGGCAGAAGACUGCAAAUGUGUGGCUUGUCAGUCCGAGAAACCAGGGAGUUCAGUGCCUGUGACCAGCAGCAGUGUUUCUGCAUUUUCUGCUGCUUCUGGAGGAUUUCUGGAUUUAGACAAAUUCAAGAAGCCUGAAGGAAGCUGGGAUUGUGAAGUCUGCUUGGUCCAAAACAAAGCAGAAGCCACGAAAUGUGUAGCCUGUGAAAGUGCAAAGCCAGGCACCAAAGCAGAGCCCAAAGGUUUUGGUACUGCUACUGUGUCCACAAGUGCUGCAAUGCCUUCAUUUACAUUUGGGGUCCAGUCGUCCUCCUCUGAGUCUUCUCAUACGUUAAGUAGCACAGGAAAUUUUAAAUUUGGAGAACAAGGGUGCUUCAAGUUCGGCAUUGCAUCUGAAUCUGCAUCGUCCAGCACUGUGACCGGGGGAUUUAAGUUUCCUGCUAGUUCAGGGGACAUCAAAUUUGGAGUUUCUUCCUCAGACUCUAAAUCAGAAGACAGUAAAAAAGAAGGUAAAAGUAACAGUUUUACUUUUGGACUUCCAUCUACAAGCAGUCAGGCUCCUUCAACUUUUCAGUUUGGGACAGCGAGCCUGGGACAGCAGGAAAAGAAAGAGGAACCAGUUUUGGGAGGCUUUGGUUUUGGCACGACUUCCACUUCUUCCGUAGCUACCAAUGAGAAUAAAACCGGAGUCAGUGGCUUCACUUUUGGAACCGUGGCAGAAAAGGAGGUAGUGUCACCUGCUCUUGCAUUUAAAAAGUCAGAUGAGAAAAAGGACGAAACUCUUUCGACAAAGGGAGGCUUCUCUUUUGGCAGUGUAGAGUCUGCACCUGCCUCACAGUUCAUCUUGGGAAGGACAGAAGAGAAACAGGACUCUGUGACUUCUGCCGCUCCAUUAGCGUUUGGAAAGAAAGCUGACACUGAAGAGUUAAAGGCACAACCCAUCUUUUCAGCUGGGACGGCUGAGCAUACCAAAGAGGAGAGCACAGCAAAACCUAUAUUCAAUUUUAGUUUCGUUAAACCAUCGGAGAAGGAAAGUGAGCAGGCAAAACAGUCUUUUGCAUUUGGGGCACAAACCAGUACUUCAGACCCAGGAGCAGCAAAGCCAUCCUUCAGCUUCUUGAGCUCUAGUUCCUCCAGCACAGUCGUACCCACCACUUCAACCAACAGCAGCAGUGUGUUUGGCAGCGCCAUCUCCUCCUCAAAUCCUCAGCCGGUUCCUGCUCCCUUUGUGUUUGGUCAACCCAGCAACACUGUGAGCAGCUCUGUUUUUGGCAAUUCUGCAGAAUCUACAGCAUCUCAGUCAUUUGGCUUCUCUCAAGAAAACAAACCAGCAACCACAUCUUCCAGCACUGGCACGGCUCUUGCUUCAUUUCUCUUUGGUUCGGGUGCCAGCAGUACCAAUGCAUCAAAUUCAGGAUUUACCUUUGGAGCCACAACCACAUCCAGUUCAACAGGGUCGUCCUCUUCGUUUCUGUUUGGCUCUGGGCCUCCGGCGCCUGCUGCUGGCCCAGCGUUUGGUGAGAUGCUGGUGGCUGGCUGGCGCCAGAGCCAAGGGUCCAGCCAGCCGGGCGUGCCAAGUUUCGGAUCGCUGUCGACAACGUUGUUUUCAGCUGGAGCUCAGCCCUCUGCUCCUGCCUUCGGCUCGGUGACGAGCAGCACUCAGCCCUCUGUGUUCGGCCAGCAACCGACCCAGCAGCCAGGGUUUGGCUCUGGUACCCCCAGUGCUGGUUCCGUGUUCCAGUUUGGAAGUAAUACUUCUAACUUCAACUUCCCAAAUAACCCAGGAGUAUUUACUUUUGGUGCAAAUCCUCCUGCACCAGCGGCACCGACACAGCCUUCUGGCUCUUCAGGAUUUUCGUUCAGCCAGCCUCCAGCAUUUACAGUGGGGACAAAUGGGAAAAAUGUUUUCUCUGCCUCUGGACCUUCAGUUUCUGGCCGGAAGAUAAAGACUGCAGUUAGACGUAGAAAAUAACCGCCCGAUCAGUAAAGCAACUUGUGAAGCCGCUGCUACCCUGCAUUGUUCAGUUGUUGGGAUCAUACCUCGUGCUGGGUUAGCUGAAGUCAGAUCUGCCUAAAGGAAUAAAAACCUCUGCUGCCCUUUCCUUCCCUCCCCCCCCGUUAGUUUUGUUGGUAACGAGUAAGGGUUGGCAACAGGGCCAUCCUCAAGCAAAACUAUUUUAGACUCCAGCAAGUUACUUCUUUCACUGACUCGGCAUGGUCUGGCUGUAGCCGUGAGUAGAGCCUGCACAGUGAAUGGCUUGUACAAUACCUCCUCAUCUGCACCACUAUGUGCGCUCAUCUGCGUUUACUGACGCCUCGAAAUUGUAAUUAUAUCAGCGAGGGAUGCUGUAUAGAGUAGAGAAUGUUGAUAACGAAUGAUUUCUAUGCUGAGUUUGUGCUGGUGUAUGUGUGAAGUGAGUGAGUUUGGGUGUAUCGUGCACUAAAAUUUUCUGAUAGAGGAAGACUGAUUACAGGAUGAUCCAUGCUAAGGACUUGUUAGAUCUGUAGUUCUUCAUUUAAUAAUUAUAUGCUAUUUCUAUAUUUUCAUUCUUACAGCCCUUUAUCACCUGUCUCGCCUUUGUUAUUUUAUUAUGAAACAUGUAAAUACAACUUUGUUUCUCUAUGUACUUUUUUGGCAUAACAAAUCUGUGAAAUUGAAAUUUUAAUUUUGUGUGUUACAGCCAUUUUUGUUUAGUAUUGUCUCAGAUUUUAUGUAAAUCCCAUUAUUCAAAGUUGCCUAAAUCCAUUUAGAAAAUCUUUAAAAUUGGGAAUUCUUAAAGUAAGUUUAUUGGCUUUUCUGAUCCAUUUUUGUUUGGACCAAAAACCAGUAUUGUACAAAGUAUUAAGUAUAUAUUUUUAUAUUUACUGAAAUGGACUGUGGUGACUUUGGAUAAUAAGGAAAAGUUUAAUAUUAAAGCCAUGUUUAUUACAGUAUAAUUAACAUGUUAAACCAUGGGAUAAAUGCCAUCAAUAAAAACUAU